AUGGCACCACCGCCAUCGGGCGAGUUCUCAAUUCGCUUGACACAGAGUUUCAGCCAGACACCAACCAAGAAAAUCGAAAUCAUUGGAGAACCCAACCGUUCAGCAAACAUCAAGGUCACAGACCACACUGGGAAGAACAACCAGAAUAUCCAUGUGAAGACGGGCGAUAUCCCACACGACGACGUCAACGAGCUCCUCGCCGUAGUCCGCCCCUUGGAAGGCUUGCCCACAAACCCCGACGUGGACGUCUACGGCUUCGACACCCGCAUCAUCCUGUCGACGUUCGAGGUCCAGUGGGACAACGGGGAGGAAGUCGAGGGCGCCGAGGCUCCUACUAACCCGACGGAGGAGAACAAGCAGACGUUCAAGGAUGUGAUGGAUAGUAUCAUGACGUUGACGAGAAUGAAGGCGAAGAAGGAUGCUUAG